AGAAAAGAAAAAUUAUUCUUCACAAGGGUAUGUAAGUAAUUUUAAACUCGUCAAUUUAACGACGCCGGUAAACAAACUUGAGAUAGAUUUCAGAGCGAAAAGAAUAUGAUCCUUGCGGUGCUGUUUGCGAACGCCGAGGGCAAUAUCCUCAUCGAACGUUUUCAUGGAGUUCCUGCGGAGGAGCGACUACACUGGCGUUCUUUCUUGGUUAAAUUAGGAGCGGACAAUCUUAAGGGUAUAAAAAAUGAAGAACUUCUAGUUGCUUGCCACAAGUCUGUUUAUAUUGUAUACACAAUACUUGGAGAUGUCAGUAUAUACGUUGUGGGGAAGGACGAGUACGAUGAACUUGCUUUGUCGGAGGUGAUCUUUACAAUAACCUCAGCUGUCAAGGAUGUAUGUGGGAAGCCCCCAACUGAGCGCCGUUUCCUUGAUAAGUAUGGAAGAAUCUGCUUGUGUUUGGAUGAAAUUGUAUGGAAGGGAUAUUUGGAAAAUACGGAAAAAGAUAGAAUCAAGAGAUUGAUAAGGUUGAAGCCUCCUACUGAGUUCUGAAUGAGAAAUUCUGAGGCAGUCAUUAUAGAAUCAGUGGUUUGAGUUGUGUGUUGAGCAUCUUGUGCUUAGAAUGGCAUGUAACAGAAGCCAGGCAAAAACCUCUAGGUAUGAUAUUCUAUUAUCUAAUAUGGUGCAGGUGAGGAUUUUGCUUAGCCCAUAAAUACUUGUAUUAACAUCAACAUUAUUGAUUAAACAUUUUGUCAUGUUGUAACAUCUAUAUUGUUCAUUUUAUUCUACCUUUACCUUGUGCAA